AUGGAGCAGUACUUCUCAGCCACCCAGAAGAUGGAGCAGGAGGUGAUGUUCCCCAGCCUGCUCCGAGGGGUCUUCCCACAGCAGGAGGGGGCGGCCCCGGCCGCAGGCGGCCCCACGGACCUCUACGAGCGCUACCAGCUCCUCAAGGCCAUCAAGCCCAUGGUGGAGAAAGGCCUGGCCUCUGUCAGUGACCAGAGUCAGAGCGACGCCGAUGCCAACACCGACACAUCCUCGGACGACGACACCAUGGAUGCCCAGCUGGAGGAGCGCCUGUCCCACCACCUGGCCGGCUUGCAGCAGGUCCUCACCCACCUCACCAGGGACACCAACGCCCUCACCCGGAGGUACAGCCAGAUCCUGGAGCAGAUCAGCCCCAGCGAGGGGCAGCCCAGCUGGUGA